GCGUCUUUGUCCUUCUCCCUCUCAAUCAAACCAAACCUCUUAACUAACAUCCAAAAAAUUUGUAUUGGGAACUGCAUCAAACCCAUAACGACUCACAGCCACAAAUUUUUCUUGCUCAUAUCGAUCAUACUACCAAACCCUCUUCUUCUUACAUGGAUUUCUCCAGCUUCACCGAUCAAUCUUCUUCUCUGUACCCCUACAAUCUUCUUCUCAAUGCCUUCUCUCUCAUACCCUUUUCACAUUAUUUCUUUGCGUUUGCUGUUUUCUCCUUUGUGUUUCUGUACAAUUUUUUUGAGUUUCAUUUCUUUCAUGAUUUGUUUCUUGGAUUUCGAGGCAGCCCAAUUGGCCUUACCUAUGAUCCCUCUUCUCCAAUUUAUGACGGCGUCGUUUCUCACUGUAAAAUCCUUCAUGGCAGGUAUUUGGCUACCCCGUGGCUUUCGAGUCCUCAUUUCCAGACUUGUUUUUUAAAUUUCUUUGGGAGGCCACCGGCUUUCAGCUAUAGAAGGCAGAUCUAUCAUGCUUCUGAUGGUGGAAUCAUUGCAUUGGAUUGGCUGAUGCAUUCUGAUGUUAUGGGAGGCUCUUUUCUCAUGAAUAAUCCCAUUUCUAAAGAUGAUAAGAUUCCUAUUGUGGUUAUAAUUCCUGGCUUAACAAGUGACUCUGCUGCUGCUUAUGUAAAGCAUCUUGCCUUCAAUAUGGCAAAGCGUGGGUGGAAUGUUGUUGUUAGCAAUCAUCGAGGGUUGGGUGGUGUUUCAAUUACUUCUGAUUGCUUCUACAAUGCUGGAUGGACAGAAGAUAUACGGGUUGUCAUAAAUUAUCUUCAUCAUGAAUACCCCAAGGCUCCUUUAUUUGCUGUUGGAACUAGCAUUGGUGCCAAUAUUCUAGUAAAAUAUCUUGGGGAGGAUGGAGAGAGGACUCAUGUUGCUGGAGCUGUAGCCCUUUGUAAUCCAUGGGAUCUCAUGAUUGGUGAUAGAUUUAUAUGCCGCAGGCUGUUGCAAAAGUUUUAUGACAGGGCUCUUGCAAUUGGCCUUCAAGGUUAUGCAAAAUUACAUGAGCCUCAAUUUUCUCGGCUUGCUAAUUGGGAAGGCAUAAAAAAGUCACGUUCUAUCCGAGAUUUCGAUAACCAUGCAACCUGCCUUGUUGGGAAAUUUGAGACUGUGGAUACAUACUACAGGCACUGUAGCAGUUCCUAUUACGUAGGAAAUGUGUCAGUGCCACUACUCUGUAUCAGUGCUCUGGAUGAUCCAGUCUGUACUAGGGAAGCUAUUCCUUGGGAUGAAUGCAGAGCUAAUAAAAAUAUCGUGCUGGCCACACCAAAGAAUGGUGGACAUCUAGCAUUCUUCGAAGGAUUAACUGCAUCUGGCUUGUGGUGGGUGAGGGCAGUUGAUGAAUUUCUUCUUGUUCUACAUUCUAGUCCUUACAUGCAUGUACAAAAGGAGGAGAUAUCUAGCUUGCAGUCAUCUGAGGGAAUUUCAAUUGAUCAGGGCCCAUACGUGAACAUCGCAGAAGAUGGAAUGGUGGCUGCAAUGAGUGGUGAGCAAACAAGAGAUGAUGUGUCUGAAGACUUUAAAGACUCACAGAAGCUUCAUCACAUAAAAACUAAAGAAAUGAUUUCUGAUGCAGCACAAGAGGAGCACCCAACAGAAGCAAGGUCUGAUUUUGUAUUGGAGACUGCACAAACCUCUGAACAGCAUACAAACAUACAGGAUAUUAAGUCUUCCAAUGUAACUGCUACUGUUAGAAGGUGCCUAAAUCAGAUCUCUAGACAGAAUCAAAGAUCCGUAUGGAUGCUCGCAUUCAUUGCUAUUGUAACAAGUUGGCCAUUGUUAGGAUCAGCAUUGAUUUUCUAUAGAAAGAAGGUAAGAAAAAUCUUACCUGCAGCUUUGGUUAGAAGAUAGUUCCAUGAUGAUAAAAAUUGUUACUACUUUCUAUGUGUAUCAAGGGAUUAUUUAAAUUCCAGGUUCUGCUGCCAAGCAGUGACAUUUACAUUUUUUGUCCGAUGCCUAUUGUAGCAUAAUUAACAAGAUGAUCAAAAUGAAACCAGAAAAGCUUCAUUAUGGAGCUUGCUUUUAAACCAA